CUCCUAUGCCGAAUGGCACAAAGCAUCAACAAAUCCAAUAGGCAAUAGCUGUUAAAAUUUCAAACUGAUACAUAUAUACCAAACUUGUCUCAGAGUGCAGAAACAAAAGAAAAUGCAGACCCUUGAUGAGGCCUCACAAAAGUGCCCUCAAUGCUGUUGCAGCUGCACAACCCCGUUUUUCAACUCUACAAUUUCAUCACGCAACACAACAGUAAAACUCAGGAACAGUUCUGCAGAGUGGCGCCACAGUUUUGCAGUCACAACAACAUCAUCUAUAUUCCCAAACACUCAAUUUACUAACCAUGAGUCUCUUCCAUCACUUCAUGAAUCAUUCAAUGAGUUCAACAAAGUGUUCCCUCAGUAUUCUGAUACUGAACAAGUUGACUAUGUUAGAGCCAAGGACUAUUUCCACCUGUCACUCUCCAGCCAAACUUGCCUUGAUUACAUUGGCAUUGGCCUUUUCUCUUGCUCUCAGCUUCAACACCAUGACUCAUCAAAAGGCCAAUUACCCUCUUCUUCAGUUCCUCAGACACCCCAAUUUCAACCUAAUUACUCAGAUAUUCCUUUCUUUAGGAUACACUCCAAAACUGGUAGCUUAAAGACUUUGUUGCUUCAUGGGGGACAAGACUCAGAAUUUGAGGGUGCAAUGAGAAAGAGAAUCAUGAGUUUCCUUAACAUAUCAGAAAAUGACUACUUUAUUGUUUUCACAGCAAACAGAACCUCAGCUUUCAAACUUGUGGCAGAUUCAUACCAAUUCCAAACUAGUAGGAGGCUUCUGACAGUUUAUGACUAUGAGAGCGAGGCGGCGGAAGCAUUGAUUAGUUCCUCAGAGAAGAGAGGUGCCAGGGCCAUGUCAGCGGAGUUCUCAUGGCCUAGGCUGAGGAUUCAGUCAAAAAAGUUGAGGAAGAUGAUUGAGAGUAGGAGAAAGAAGAAGAAAAGAAAAGGCCUUUUUGUUUUCCCACUUGGUUCAAGAGUGACAGGAGCAAGAUAUCCUUAUCUGUGGAUGAGCAUAGCACAGGAGAAUGGAUGGCAUGUGUUGGUUGAUGCAUGUGCAUUGGGGCCAAAAGACAUGGACUGCUUCGGCCUCUCUCUAUUUCAACCAGAUUUUCUUAUUUGCUCUUUCUACAAGGUCUUUGGGGCAAACCCUUCUGGAUUUGGAUGCCUUUUCAUCAAGAAAUCUGCCAUUUCCAGCUUGGAAUCUUCCCCUUCAGCAGGAAUUGUCAGCCUUGUACAAGAAAAGCAGCCUCGUCAAUUAUCAGAUUAUUCUUCUGCCUCUGACUUAGAACUUAUACACAAUACAACAUCAACAUCCCCACAUGAAGAGAAACCAUUUCCUUUGUCAUCUUUAUCGGGUCCAAUGCAAACUAAACAAUCUGAAAUAGUUGAAGAAGGAGAAGCAACUGACUCAAAUCUAAAAGCUCCUCAAGGUUCUGAAAUUGAGGUGAUACAAGAGCCAGUUCAGACCCUUAAGAAAAGUAAUGUCCAAGAAAGUGGCAUCCAAUGUGGGUGCUUAGACCAAGUUGAUUCUUUGGGAUUGAUUCUGAUCACUAACAGGUCAAGGUACCUUAUCAACUGGCUGGUAAACUCUAUGUUGAAGCUUAAGCAUCCUAAUACACAAGGGGUUCCUUUGGUCAAGAUUUAUGGUCCAAAGGUGAAAUUUGACAGAGGGCCAGCUUUGGCAUUCAAUAUAUUUGAUUGGAAAGGUGAAAGGGUUGAGCCUGCACUUGUCCAGAAACUUGCUGAUAGAAGCAACAUCUCUAUCAGUUAUGCAUUCCUGCGUCAUAUUUGGUUUGCAGAUAAGUAUGCAGAAGAGAAGGGAAAAGUCCUACAAACCAAAGUGGUGACAGCAACCAACAAGAAGAAAGACAGGGUUGGAAUCACUGUGGUUACUGCUGCCCUUGGCUUCCUUGCUAAUUUUGAAGAUGUGUAUAAGCUUUGGGCUUUUGUUGCUAGAUUCCUGGAUGCUGACUUUGUGGAGAAAGAGAGGUGGAGAUAUCUUGCCAUCAACCAAAAAACAAUUGAGGUUUAGUUUAUCCGUUCAGUUUCAUUUAUUCUUCAGGAUUCUGGGUCUUGGAAGACUCCAUUAAGUGUGAAUUCUGCAAGUAAAAAUAAUUAAUUACAUACAUUAUUCCUUCAUUUGUAUGAUUG